AAAGAUCUUUCCUGUAAUUAUCAACCAAGAUAAAAUAUUUUUCAUUAAAGAAAAAAAAAGAAAGAAAAGAAAAAAGGAAAGAAAAAAAGGGAAAAGCUGCCAGAAGAAAAACAAGCAAUAAAAGAGGAAGGAUGGCUCAGAAAUUAAGCUGCUAGCCCGAUCUGAGGGAUACAUAAGUUUAAUUCCUUGCUCCACCCCAGGCUUCUUGUGCGUUCCUGUGUGGCCUUAAGUAAACCAUUUAGGGAGGCAUUUUAAAAAGUGCCUAAGUGACUUAGGUACCUAACUCCCAUCCCAUUGACUUUCAAUAGGGGCUAGGAACUUACCUUAGGUGCUUUUGAAAGUGUCACCCUUAGGCUACAUCCUCACUACGGGGGGGGGGAGGGGGAAUCGAUUUAAGAUACGCAAAUAGCGUAGCUGAAUUCAACGUAUCCGAGCGACUUACCCCGCUGUGAGGACGGUGGCAAAUCGACCUCCACAGCUCCCCCAUCAACGGUGCUUACUCCUACCUGGGCUGGUGGAGUACAAGCGUCGAUUCGGGGAUCGAUUGUCGCGUCCCGACGAGAUGCGAUAAUUCGAUCCCCGAGAGAUCGAUUUCUAUCCGCCGAUUCAGGCGGGUAGUGAAGACGUAGCCUUAGUCUCUCAGUUCCUCAUCGCUAAAAGGGGGAUAAUAGCAGAUCCCUACCUCAUAAGGAUGUUGGCAGGAAAGACACAUUAAAUAGUGUGAGCAAGUCAGAUACUACAGCAGUAAGAGCCAUAGAUAGUGACUCAUCACACAUAACCACCUGCCAGGGGAUGGGGUAAACAACAGUAAGGACCAAGGGCCAUGGGAUAAAAGCAGAAACACACUGGGAAGCCCUGUCCAGACUUCAGGUUUUUACAAUGCACCGUGUGGCUCGCCCUGCCACUGAAGUACUAUUGCAUUGAGCUGAGGGUGUAUCCUGUGGAGCCUGCGCCGGUGGGAUGGGUUGAGGCAGAUGUGAGAAGACACAGGGUGGGUGUGUAGGAGCGCAGCAGCUAGUGAUGGGAGAGAAGAACUGUGACGGGAAGGAGGCAGGCGCUUGAGAGGAUCCAGAGUGAGCUGUGUGUGUCUUUGAUGGGAAGAAGAGGCAGCAGGGAGGCUGUGGAGAGCGAGCGAGCGCGUGGUCGUCUCUCUGCCGGAAUGAGCGGACCCAGAGGCUGAGUGUCCGUGUUUGCGAGAGACCAGGCGGCAGGACGGAGUGGGGAUGAAAGAAUGAUGUGAUGGAGGUGAAUAUGGGCUGCUGGUCAGGCACAAGACCCCCAUUGUCUUGCCUCACCAUCCUGCUUGUCAAGCUUUUGGCCUGCGUUUGCCAGGGGCUUCAAGGGACAAUACCACUCGGCUUUCACUUUACGCAUUCCAUUUACAAUGCUACAGUGUACGAGAACUCUGCAGCCAGGACCUAUGUCAACAGUCCAAGUAGAAUGGGUAUUACAUUGGCAGAUCUUUCAUGGGAUAUCAAAUACAGGAUAGUGUCUGGCGAUGAUGAAGGCUUUUUCAAAGCAGAAGAAGUCAUAAUUGCUGACUUCUGCUUUCUCAGAAUAAGAACUAAAGGUGGGAAUUCUGCUAUAUUAAACAGAGAAAUCCAAGAUAACUAUUUAUUGAUAGUAAAAGGGUCUGUCAGAGGAGAGGACUUAGAAGCAUGGACAAAAGUGAAUAUCCAGGUUUUGGAUAUGAAUGAUCUAAGACCUUUGUUUUCACCAACCACUUACUCUGUAACGAUAGCAGAAAGCACUCCUUUAAGGACUAGUAUUGCACAGGUGACAGCAACAGAUGCAGAUAUUGGGUCCAAUGGCGAAUUCUAUUACUACUUCAAAAACAAAGUUGAUCUCUUUUCAGUUCACCCAACUAGCGGAGUUAUCUCUUUAAGUGGCCGGUUAAACUAUGAUGAGAAAAACAGAUAUGACCUUGAAGUUCUGGCUGUGGAUCGUGGGAUGAAACUUUAUGGAAACAAUGGAGUAAGCAGCACUGCCAAGCUUUAUGUUCAUAUUGAACGUAUAAAUGAACACGCCCCAACCAUAAGCGUGGUAACCCACAUACCCUUUCCAUUAGACAAGGAGCCUACGUAUGCUGUUAUUAACAUUGAUGACCUAGAUGAAGGAGCUAAUGGGGAGAUUGAAUCUGUUUCCAUUGUAGCUGGAGAUCCCUUAGAACAGUUCUUUCUGGCUAAGGAGGGAAAAUGGAUUAAUGAGUACAAAAUCAAAGAGAGAAAACCCAUUGACUGGGACAACUUCCCCUAUGGUUACAAUCUUACUCUCCAAGCAAAGGACAAAGGGUCUCCUCAGAAGUUUUCUGCAGUCAAACUGGUCCACAUCGCUAGUCCCAAGAGAGAAAGUGUCCCAGUAAAGUUUGAAAAGGAAGUUUAUGAUGUGUCAAUCAGUGAAUUUUCCCCUCCCGGAGUAGUGGUAGUUAUAGUUAAGUUGGUGCCUGAACCACAGGGUGUGGAAUAUACAAUAUCUCCUAAUCAGGAUGCUGAAUAUUUUAAGAUUAAUCCCAGGACAGGUCUUAUUAUCACCGCUCACCCUUUGAAAAUCAUUGAGAAGGAACUCUAUGAGUUAGAAGUAGUAAACAAAGGUGGUGAUUUAAAAGCACAAGUUAUUGUCAGGUUAGAAGAUGCCAAUGAUCACACUCCAGAGUUCACACAGCCUUCGUACAGCUCCUUUGUCAAUGAAAGUGUUCCUGUAGGAACCAGUGUUUUGUCAGUUUCAGCAUUUGACAAGGACCGGGGAGAAAAUGGAUAUAUAACAUACAGCAUUGCCAGUCUGAAUUCACUGCCCUUUUCUAUAAACCAAUUUACUGGUGUUAUUAGCACCUCUGAAGAACUGGAUUUUGAGUCUUCUCCAGAGAGCUACAGGUUCAUUGUCAGAGCCUCCGAUUGGGGUUCGCCGUACCGUCAUGAAAGUGAGGUUAAUGUCACUAUAUACAUAGGCAAUGUCAAUGAUAACAAGCCGUUGUUUGAGAAAGUGGCUUGUCAGGGAGUGAUUUCAUCUGACUUUCCCAUUGGUGGUCACAUCACUGCUGUAUCUGCAAUAGAUAUAGAUGAGCUAGAACUAGUGAAAUACAAAAUAAUCUCUGGAAAUGAUCUUGGGAUUUUUUAUUUAAAUCCUGACUCCGGUGUGCUGCAACUUAAAAAGUCCCUUGUUAAUUCUGGUAUAAAGAACAGCAAUUUCGGCCUUAAGAUCACAGCUACAGAUGGAGAGAAUUUUGCUGAUGCCAUGUUCAUUAACAUUUCAGUAGUACAUGGGAAAGUGUCUUCAAAGACCUUUAGUUGUAGAGAGACUAGAGUUGCUCAGAAGCUGGCAGAGAAAUUGCUCAAGAAGGCAAAAGCAAACAUGAAGCUGAAUUUGGAAGAUGGCUUCCUUGAUUUUUAUUCGAUUAACAGACAAGCUCCACACUUUGAUAAAUCCUUUCCCUCUGAUGUAGCGGUUAGAGAGGACCUUCCAGUUGGUGCUAGCAUCCUGAAAAUAAAAGCCUAUGAUGCGGACUCUGGAUUUAAUGGGAAGGUUGUCUAUACAAUUUCUGAUGGUAAUACAGAUAGUUGCUUUAACAUUGACAUGGAAACAGGGCUUCUUAAAGUUCUUAUGCCCUUGGACCGAGAGAAAACAGAGCUAUAUCUUCUUAACAUUACAAUUUAUGAUUUAGGUAAUCCCCAGAAAUCUAUAUGGAGACUAUUGACUGUAACUGUAGAGGAUGCAAAUGAUAACAGUCCUGUUUUUUUACAGGAUAGUUACUCAGUUAAUAUUUUAGAAAGCAUGAGUAUUGGUACAGAAAUGAUCCAAGUAGAAGCUAGAGAUAAAGAUCUAGGAUCUAGCGGUGAAGUGACUUACUCAGUAUUGACAGACACACAGCAGUUUGCCAUCAAUAGUUCAACUGGAGUAGUUUAUGUGGCUGACCAACUAGACAGGGAAUCAAAAGCAAACUAUACACUAAAGAUAGAGGCCAGGGACAAAGCUGAGAUUGGCCAUCAGCAAUUUUCUGUUGUUCCUCUGAAGGUUUUUUUGGAUGAUGUGAAUGAUUGUUCUCCAGCUUUCAUUCCAUCUAGCUACAGUGUGAAGGUCCUUGAAGAUCUGCCAGUUGGCACUGUAAUAGCCUGGCUAGAAACUCACGACCCAGAUCUUGGUUUGGGAGGUCAAGUGCGUUACUCUUUGGUGAACGAUUACAAUGGACGAUUUGAAAUAGACAAAGCUAGCGGCACUAUCCGCUUGAACAAAGAACUCGAUUACGAGAAACAGCAGUUCUAUAACUUGACUGUGCGUGCAAAAGACAAAGGACGUCCAGUUUCCCUCUCUUCCGUUUCUUUUGUAGAGGUUGAAGUGGUGGAUGUUAAUGAAAAUCUCUACACUCCUUAUUUCCCUGACUUUGCAGUCAUUGGAACUGUAAAGGAAAACUCCCGCACUGGAACAAGUGUAUUGCAAGUGACAGCUCGGGAUGAAGACUCUGGAAGGGAUGGGGAGAUCCAGUAUUCCAUCAGGGAUGGCAGUGGCCUUGGAAGAUUUAGCAUAGAUGAAGAAACUGGAGUUAUCUAUACUGCAGAUGUCCUUGACCGAGAGACAACCAAAUCCUAUUGGCUAACAGUGUAUGCGACUGAUCGUGGUGUCGUCCCACUUUAUGCUACCAUCGAGGUCUAUGUUGAAGUUGAAGAUGUGAAUGACAAUGCCCCUCUGACCUCUGAACCUAUUUAUUAUCCGGCUGUCAUGGAAAACUCCCCUAAGGAUGUAUCCGUCAUUCACAUCCAGGCCCAAGAUCCUGACUCCAGCAGCAGUGAAAAACUGACCUACAGGAUUACAAGUGGAAACCCUCAGAACUUCUUUGCUAUCAAUCCAAAAACAGGUCUGAUUACUACUACAUCAAGAAAAUUGGAUCGAGAGCAGCAGGCAGAGCAUUUUCUCGAGGUGACGGUCACAGAUGGAGGCAUCUCUCCCAAGCAAUCUACUGUUUGGGUGGUGGUUCAAGUUCUGGAUGAAAAUGAUAACAAGCCUCAGUUUCCAGAGAAAGUCUAUCAGAUCAAGUUGCCCGAGAGGGACCGCAAGAAAAGAGGGGAACCAAUCUACAGAGCUUUUGCAUUUGACAAAGAUGAAGGACCGAAUGCAGAAAUUUCCUACAGCAUCGUGGAUGGAAAUGAUGAUGGGAAAUUUUUUAUUGACCCUAAAACCGGGAUGGUUUCUUCCAGAAAGCAAUUCACAGCAGGGAAUUAUGACAUCUUAACAAUAAAAGCAGUGGACAAUGGACGACCCCAGAAGUCUUCAACUGCGCGCCUCCAUAUUGAGUGGAUUAAGAAACCCAUACCCUCACCUGUAUCACUGACUUUCGAUGAGCCCUUCUACAACUUCACAGUCAUGGAAAGUGAUAGAGUGACAGAAAUUGUGGGCGUGGUCUCUGUGCAGCCCGCUAACAUACCUUUGUGGUUUGAUGUAGUCGGUGGCAAGCAUGCUCGAGAGAUGUUCUAUAUUCUACAGACAGCUUGUGGGCAGAACUGUUCAACAGAAGGAGGGAAUUUCGAUAGUUCUUUCGAUGCUGAGAAGGGCGUGGGCACUAUUGUCAUUGCAAAGCCCUUGGAUGCAGAGCAGAGGUCAAUAUAUAACAUGACUGUGGAGGUCACCGAUGGGACAAAUGUUGCAACUACUCAGGUUCUUAUCAAAGUAUUGGAUAACAACGAUAAUGGCCCGGAAUUCUCUCACCCAAGUUACGAUGUCACGAUUUCGGAGGACAUCCUCCCUGAUACUGAGAUACUGCAGGUCGAAGCUAUAGACAGAGAUGAGAAACACAAGUUGAGCUAUACUGUUCACAGCAGCAUUGAUUCAGUCAGCAUGAGAAAAUUCAGAAUUGACCCCAGCACGGGGGUACUAUACACUGCCGAGAGAUUAGACCAUGAAGCUCAAGAUAAGCACAUCCUUAAUGUAAUGGUUCGAGAUCAGGAGUUUCCCUAUAGAAGAAACCUGGCCAGAGUCGUCAUAAAUGUGGAAGAUUCCAAUGAUCACAGUCCCUACUUCACCAGUCCUUUGUACGAAGCAUCGGUGUAUGAAUCAGCAGCUAUUGGAUCUGCUGUUCUGCAGGUCACUGCUUUGGAUAAAGACAAAGGAGAAAACGCAGAGCUUAUCUACACUAUAGAAGCAGGAAACACUGGGAACACAUUCAAGAUCGAACCAGUUUUAGGCAUCAUCACAGUAUUGAAGGAACCGGACUUGACAACAAUGGGACAGUUUGUUUUGUCAGUCAAAGUAACUGAUCAAGGUUCACCACCACUGUCUGCAACGGCAAUUGUACGCAUUUCUGUGACCAUGUCAGAUAAUUCCCAUCCAAAGUUCACACACAAGGAAUACCAAGCAGAAGUUAAUGAAAAUGUUGAUAUUGGAACUUCAGUCAUUUUGAUCUCUGCAAUCAGUCAGUCUACAUUAGUUUAUGAGGUCAAGGAUGGGAAUGUGGAUGGAGCCUUUACUAUAAACCCAUAUUCUGGAGUCAUCACCAGUCAAAAGCCACUUGAUUAUGAACGCACUUCCUCUUACCAGCUCAUUGUUCAAGCAACUAACAUGGCAGGCAUGGCAUCAAAUGCCACUGUCAGCAUUCAGAUUGUUGAUGAAAAUGAUAACCUGCCAGUUUUUCUCCUCUCCCAAUACUCGGGCAGCAUAAGUGAAGCUGCUCCUGUAAACAGUAUAGUCCGGAGCGCAGCCAACAACCCACUAGUGAUACGAGCUACAGAUGCCGACAGUAAUCAGAAUGCUUUGUUGGUCUAUCAGAUUGUUGAAUCCACUGCUAAGAAGUACUUCACUGUAGAUUCCAGCACUGGCGCGAUCAGAACAAUUGCAAAUUUAGACCAUGAAACCAUAGCCCACUUCCAUUUCCACGUGCAUGUUAGAGAUAGCGGAAAUCCACAGCUCACAGCGGAGAGUCCAGUCGAAGUUACUAUUGAAGUAACUGACAUCAAUGAUAAUCCUCCAGUCUUCAGUCAGGCUGUGUUUGAGACAGUCUUGCUUCUGCCCACUUACGUUGGUGUAGAGGUUCUUAAAGUCAAGGCUACAGACCCGGAUUCAGAGGUUCCACCUGAACUAACAUACAGUCUGAUUGAAGGCAAUGUGGACCAUUUUUUGAUUGAUUCAAGUACUGGGGUACUCACCAUAAAAAAUAAUACUCUUUCCAAAGAUCAUUAUAUGCUUAUAGUAAGAGUGUCUGAUGGGAAAUUUUACAGCACUGCUAUGGUGACCAUAAUGGUAAAAGAAGCCAUGGAUAGUGGGCUCCAUUUUACACAAAGUUUUUAUUCCACAUCUAUCUCGGAGAACAGCACUAAUAUCACAAAGGUAGCUGUGAUGAAUGCUGUUGGAAACCGUCUCAAUGAGCCCUUGAAGUAUGGUAUAUUAAACCCGGGAAACAAGUUCAUGAUCAAAUCCACCUCGGGAGUCAUUGAAACAACGGGCAUCCCCUUUGACAGAGAAAAACAAGAACUAUAUGAGCUGGUCGUUGAAGCAAGUCGUGAACUAGAUCAUCUGCGUGUGGCCAGGGUGGUUGUCAGAGUUAACAUUGAGGACAUCAAUGACAAUGCUCCAGUGUUUGUAGGGCUGCCUUACUAUGCUGCUGUACAAGUUGAUGCUGAGCCCGGUACCCUAAUAUAUCGAGUGACAGCCAUUGAUAAAGAUAAGGGUGCAAAUGGUGAAGUCUCCUAUCUGUUGAAAGAAGACUAUGGGCAUUUUGAAAUUGACAGACAAACUGGUAGUGUCACUUUAAGAGAAGCCUUCAACUCUGACUUAUCUAAUAUAGAGUAUUUAGUUAUCAUCCUUGCAAAAGAUGGUGGUAAUCCUUCGUUGUCUGCUUCAGUAGAACUUCCUAUUACUAUAGUUAAUAAAGCAAUGCCUGUGUUUGACAAGCCCUUCUAUACAGCUUCUGUAAAUGAAGACAUAGAAAUGCACACCCCAAUUCUUAGCAUAAAUGCAACCAGCCCAGAGGGCCAGGGUAUCAUUUAUAUCAUUGUUGAUGGAGAUCCCUACAACCAAUUUAACAUUGACUUUGACACCGGCGUUCUGAGUGUCAUCAGCCCAUUGGACUAUGAGGUAAAUUCUGUUUUUAAGCUGACAGUACGAGCCAGUGAUGCCCUCACUGGUGCUCGGGCUGAAGUCACUGUGGACUUAAUUAUUAAUGAUGUAAAUGAUAAUCCUCCGGUUUUCGAUCACACGGCCUAUAAUGCCACCUUAUCCGAAGCAUCUUUGAUUGGGACUCCUGUGUUGCAGGUUGUUGCUACCGACGCAGACUCUGAAAAUAACAAAAUUAUACAGUAUCAGAUUGUCCAGGACUCCUUUAACAGCACUGAUUAUUUUCACAUCGAUAGCACAAGUGGCCUAAUCCUGACAGCCCGUAUGUUGGAUCAUGAACUAUUACAGCAGUGCAGCUUAAAAGUCAGAGCAGCUGAUAAUGGAUUCCCACCACUGAGCAGUGAAGUUCUUGUUAGUAUUUAUGUGACAGAUAUGAAUGACAACCCUCCAGUUUUUAACCAGUUAAUAUAUGAAUCUUACGUGAGUGAACUGGCCCCUAGGGGUCAUUUUGUGACUUGUGUCCAAGCUUCUGAUGCUGACAGCUCUGAUUUUGACAGACUGGAGUACAGUAUCUUGUCUGGAAAUGAUCGGACCAGCUUUAUAAUGGACAGCAAGAGUGGCAUUAUAACUCUGUCUAACCAUCGGAAACAGAGGAUGGAGCCAAUGUAUAGCUUAAAUGUCUCUGUCUCGGAUGGAUUGUUCACCAGCACAGCUCAGGUGCAUAUCCGGAUCCUGGGUGCUAACCUCUAUAGCCCCGUGUUUUCACAGAGUAUUUAUGUGGCAGAGGUUAGAGAAAAUGCUGCCCCUGGAACUAAGGUAGUCCAUGUAAAAGCGACAGAUGGAGAUUCUGGUAUAUAUGGCCAAAUAAACUACUCCAUAAUAAAUGAUUUUGCCAAGGACCGAUUCUUAAUUGAUAACAAUGGACAGAUCCUAACAACUGAGAAAUUGGACCGAGAGAACCCUUUGGAAGGGGAUAUCAGUAUAUUUUUGAGGGCCCUGGAUGGAGGUGGGAGAAUGACUUUCUGCACCGUGAGAGUGAUCGUAGUGGAUGAGAAUGACAAUACUCCCCAGUUUAUGACAAUAGAAUACAGAGCAAGUGUCAAAGCAGAUGUUGGAAAAGGUCAUUUGGUCACCCAAGUGCAAGCAUUAGAUCCAGAUGAUGGAGCCAAUUCAAGAAUCACCUAUUCAUUGUAUAGUGAAGCCUCUGUUUCAGUCGCAGAUCUGCUUGAAAUUGAUCCUGACAAUGGAUGGAUGGUCACCAAAGGUAACUUUAACCAGCUGAAAAACACCGUUCUGUCAUUCUUCGUCAAAGCAGUUGAUGGUGGCAUUCCCAUGAAGCAUUCCCUUAUUCCUGUCUAUAUCCAUGUUUUACCGCCAGAAGCUGUUUUACCUUCCUUUUCCCAACCCCAAUAUUCUUUUACAAUACCAGAAGACACUGUCAUAGGAAGCACCCUUGACAUUUUGCAUGUUUUGCCAAGCCUGGGUGCUGUAUAUAGCACUGUUAAUGGUGAAUUAGCUGAAAACAACAAGGAAGGGAUUUUCAUCAUAGACCAAGACACUGGAAUCAUAAAGCUAGAUAAGAGACUUGACCAUGAGACGAAUCCUGCUUUUCACUUUAAAGUUGCAGCCACCAUACAGCUAGACAAAGUGGACAUUGUAUUAACUGUGGAUGUGGAGGUUAAAGUGUUGGAUGUAAAUGACAACAAGCCUGUGUUUGAAGCUGCCAACUAUGAAGCUGUAAUAAUGGAAGGGAUGCCAAUAGGGAUUAAACUUAUCCAGGUUAAAGCAAUUGAUGCGGACUGGGGUGCAAAUGGGCAAGUCACGUAUACUCUUUCAGUGGAAUCAGAGCUGGACAAGAUCAUGGAAGCCUUCACAAUCGAUGGCAACAGUGGGUGGAUCAGCACAUUGAAGGACCUAGAUCAUGAAAAGAAUCCCACUUUUACUUUUGCAGUGGUAGCUUCAGAUCUGGGAGAAGCUUUUUCCCUCUCAUCCACCACCUUGGUCUCUGUCACUGUGACAGACAUAAACGACAAUGCACCAAUCUUUGAACACGAGGUGUACAGAGGAUCUGUAAAAGAGAGUGACCCUCCAGGUGAAGUUGUGGCAGUUCUCAGCACAUGGGACGAAGACACGUCUGAAGUCAACCGGCAGGUUAGCUACCAUAUCACAGGAGGUAAUCCCAAAGGGAAGUUUGCCUUGGGACUGGUUCAGAAUGAAUGGAAGGUUUACGUGAAGAGACCACUAGAUCGGGAAGAACAAGACAUUUAUUUUCUGAACAUCACUGCUACCGAUGGCCUCUUUGUAACACAAGCUGCUGUGGAAGUGACGGUCACUGAUGUUAAUGAUAAUAGUCCUGUCUGUGAUCAGUUUGCAUAUGCAGCAUUAUUUCCUGAAGACAUUCCAUCAAACAAAGUCAUCCUUAAGAUCAGUGCCAAGGAUGCAGACAUCGGAUCCAAUGGUGAAAUUCGCUAUUCGCUGUUUGGACCUGGGAACAAUAAAUUUUUUUUAGAUCCAGAAAGCGGUGAGUUGAAAACCUUGGCCCUUUUAGACAGAGAGAAAAUCCCUGUGUACAACUUGAUUGCCAGGGCAACAGAUGGCGGUGGCAGGUUCUGCCAGUCAGAAAUCCACCUUUUCCUGGAGGACGUUAAUGAUAAUCCACCAAUGUUUUCUACUGAUCAUUACACCGCAUGUGUCUAUGAGAAUACAGCCACUAAAGCUUUGUUAACAAGAGUCCAGGCCACGGAUCCUGAUGUAGGUGUGAACAGAAAGGUGGUCUAUUCCCUAGCAGACUCCGCAGAUGGUUACUUCUCUGUGGAUAGGUCAUCAGGAAUCAUUAUUUUGGAGCAUCCUCUUGAUAGAGAGCUGCAGCCUUCCUAUAACAUCAGUGUAAAAGCAUCAGACCAGAGCAUUGUGUUGUCCCUGUCUUCAUUUGCCACAGUUACCAUUACAGUGCUGGAUAUUAAUGACAACCCUCCUGUGUUUGAGAGAAGAGACUACCUUGUUACAGUGCCUGAAGAUACCUCACCUGGCACCAAAGUACUGGCUGUUUUCGCAACAAGCAAAGACAUUGGUACCAAUGCAGAGAUUACCUACCUCAUCAGGUCUGGAAACGAGAAAGGGAAAUUCAGGAUCAACUCAAAGACGGGAUCCAUUUCUGUAAUUGAAGCUUUGGACUAUGAAAUGUGUAAGGAUUUUUACCUAAGAGUGGAAGCAAAAGAUGGAGGUACGCCAGCCCUAAGUGCUGUUACUACAGUGAACAUAAAUGUAACGGAUGUUAAUGACAAUGCACCAAAAUUUAAUCAAGAGGCCUACAGUGCGGUCAUCAGUGAGGAUGCUUCAGUUGGUGAUUCCGUGAUUAUGUUGAUAGCAGAAGACCAGGAUAGUCCUACCAAUGGCCAGAUUCAUUUUUCCAUAGUGAAUGGUGAUCGGGACAAUGAAUUUUCAGUUGAUCCUGUUUUGGGACUUAUAAAGGUUAAAAAGAGAUUGGACAGAGAAAGGGUGUCUGGAUAUUCACUAGUUAUUCAGGCAAGAGACAGCGGCAUCCCUCCUUUGUCAUCAUCUGUAACGGUCAACAUAGACAUUUCUGAUGUGAACGAUAAUAGCCCUGUAUUUACACCAGCCAACUAUACAGCUGUAAUUCAAGAGAAUAAACCUGUGGGCACAAGCAUUUUGCAGCUGGUAGUGACAGACAACGAUUCUUUUCACAAUGGCCCCCCAUUUACCUUCACCAUUCUGACUGGCAAUGAAGAGGAGGAAUUUAUGUUGGACUCACAUGGAGUUUUGAGAUCUGCAGUCAUCUUCAGGCACAUGGUAACAACUGAAUACAUGCUCUGUGUGCAGGCUAAAGAUUCUGGGAAGCCUCAACAGGUGUCCCACACUUACAUUCAAGUGCGAGUUAUUGAAGAAAGCAUUCACAAACCAACAGCCAUUCCACUGGAGAUUUUUAUAGUCACCAUGGAAGAUGACUUUCCAGGGGGUGUCAUUGGAAAGAUUCAUGCCACAGAUCAAGAUGUGUAUGAUGUUCUCACUUAUACCCUGAAGUCAGAGCAGAAAAGUCUGUUCAAGGUUAACAGCCACGAUGGCAAGAUCAUUGCCCUAGGAGGGCUAGAUAAUGGCAAGUACACACUGAACGUGUCAGUCAGCGAUGGCCGGUUCCAAGUGCCGAUCGAUGUUGUCGUCCAUGUGGAACAGCUGAUGCAAGAAAUGCUGCAGAACACGGUCACCAUCCGAUUUGAGAACGUUUCCCCUGAAGAUUUUGUGGGGCUCCACAUGCAUGGGUUCAGGCGCACCUUGCGAAAUGCUGUGCUCUCACAGAAACAAGAUAGCCUGCACAUUAUCAGCAUUCAGCCUGUGGCAGGCACCAAUCAGCUUGACAUGCUGUUUGCAGUUCAGAUGCACACCACUGGAUUCUAUAAGCCUGCUUAUUUGAUUCAGAAGCUUACCAAUGCAAGGAGACACUUAGAAAAUGUGAUUCGCAUCUCGGCUAUCUUGGAGAAGAAUUGUUCUGGACUGGAUUGUCAGGAGCAGCACUGUGAACAAAGCCUGUCUAUUGAUUCCCAUUCCCUGAUGACCUAUAGCACAGCGCGAAUUAGUUUUGUGUGUCCCCGUUUCUACAGAAAUGUACGCUGCACAUGUAAUGGAGGGCUGUGUCCUGGGUCCAGCGAUCCCUGUAUGGAGAAGCCGUGUCCAGGGGACAUGCAGUGUGUGGGGUACGAAGCUAGUCGAAGACCAUUCAUCUGCCAGUGCCCUCCAGGGAAGCUCGGAGAAUGUUCAGGACACACUUCCCUUAGCUUUGCUGGGAAUAGUUACAUCAAAUACCGGGUUUCUGAAAAUAGCAAGAAAGAAGAAUUCAAGCUGGCUCUGCGUUUGCGAACCUUGCAAAGCAAUGGGAUUAUAAUGUACACCAGAGCAAAUCCCUGUAUAAUUCUGAAGAUCGUGGAUGGCAAAUUGUGGUUCCAGUUGGACUGUGGAAGUGGCCCAGGAAUCCUGGGAAUUUCUGGCAGGACUGUUAAUGAUGGGAACUGGCACUCGGUCUUCCUGGAGCUCAAUCGGAAUUUCACAAGCUUGUCACUUGAUGACAGUUACGUGGAGCGGCGCAAAGCCCCCCUCUACUUUCAGACUCUGAGUACAGAUAGCUCGGUCUACUUUGGAGCCCUGGUGCAAGUGGAUAAUGUCCGGAGCCUGACUGACAAGAGGACAACCCAGGUCUUGAGUGGUUUUCAGGGCUGCCUGGAUUCUGUUAUCCUGAAUAACAAUGAACUGCCGCUCCAAAACAAGCGCAGCAGCUUUGCAGAAGUGGUUGGCCUGACUGAAUUAAAGCUUGGCUGCGUUCUGUACCCUGAUGCAUGUGAGAGGAAUCCUUGCCAGAACGGAGGGAGCUGUACUAGUUUGCCAUCUGGUGGUUAUCAGUGUAGUUGCCUCUCUCAAUUCACAGGAAGAAAUUGUGAAUCGGAGAUCACAGUGUGCUUUCCAAAUCCAUGUCGGAAUGGAGGGUCGUGUGACCCGAUAGGCAAUGCCUUCAUCUGCAAUUGCAAAAAUGGACUGACAGGAGUAACGUGCGAAGAUGAUGUCAACGAAUGUGAAAGAGAGGAAUGUGAAAAUGGCGGCUCCUGCAUCAACGUUUUUGGCUCGUUUCUAUGUAACUGCACUCCUGGAUAUGUGGGGCAGUAUUGUGGCCUCAGGCCUGUAGUGGUACCCAAUAUACAAGCCGGACAUUCCUACGUCGGCAAAGAAGAGCUAAUAGGAAUAGCAGUUGUCCUUUUUGUAAUCUUUGUGUUGAUCAUCCUGUUUAUAGUUUUCCGCAAGAAAGUGUUCAGGAAAAAUUACUCACGCAACAAUAUCACCCUGGUCCAGGACCCGGCUACUGCUGCUCUGCUCAACAAGAGCAACGGGAUCCAGUUCAAGAACCUAAGGAACAGUGGGGACAGUCGCAAUAUCUACCAAGAGGUAGGGCCACCGCAAGUCCCUGUGAGGCCCAUGGCUUACACCCCUUGCUUCCAGAGUGACUCGCGGAACAAUUUAGACAAGAUAGUGGAUGGACUUGGAGUUGAGCAUCAGGAGAUGACGACGUUUCAUCCAGAGUCUCCUCGUAUACUAACAGCAAGGCGGGGUGUGGUGGUGUGCAGCGUGGCUCCCAACCUGCCGGCCGUGUCUCCCUGUCGAUCCGACUGUGACUCCAUCAGGAAGAGUACCUGGGAUGGCGGUACUGAAAGUAAAGAGGUUGAUGACGCUGAAGAGGUGACCUGUUUUACAGGAAGUAAUAAAGGCAGCAACUCUGAAGUUCAGUCCCUCAGCUCCUUCCAGUCAGACUCAGGUGAUGAUAAUGCUUCCAUAGUGACUGUCAUACAGCUUGUCAACAAUGUAGUUGACACUAUAGAAAAUGAAGUGUCUGUUAUGGAUCAAGGACAGAACUACAACAGAGCUUAUCAUUGGGACACCUCUGACUGGAUGCCAAGCACUCGUUUGUCUGACAUUGAGGAAGUGCCCAAUUAUGAAACAGCAGAUGGAGGCUCGGUGCAUCAUGGAAGUAACAGGGAGCUGGAAACUGAUUACUACCUUGGUGGCUAUGACAUUGACAGCGACUAUCCUCCUCCUCACGAAGAGGAGUUUUUAAGUCAGGACCAGUUACCGCCUCCGCUCCCAGAGGACUAUCCAGACCAAUAUGAAACUCUUCCGCCAUCCCAGCCAGUCUCUAUGGCUAGCACACUCAGCCCAGAUUGCAGACGGCGGCCACAGUUUCACCCUAGCCAAUACCUCCCUCCUCAUCAGCUCCCCAAUGAGAUGGACGCUGCUGGGUCUCAGACUGUGAAUGAAUUUAGUACUUUUGCUGUUGUCCCAGGCCAGAGCUUGGAAAACGUUAGUGCAGGUAAGAUGCCCUUAUCCUUACACAACUCUCUGGAUGCCUCCUCAUCUGACAUCUCAGCCAGCUGUGGCUUUGACGAUUCCGAAGUAGCCAUGAGUGACUUUGAAAGUGUGGAGGAACUCAUCCUAGAUAAUGUUCACAUUCCAUUUGUGGAGACCCAGCAUCAGACACAAGUGUAAAGGAGGCUUUUUUUUUUGGUGGUCAUUUGGUCCAAUUAACAGUAUAAAUACUGAGAAGACAUUUUGGUAAAGAUGUAUUUAUGUAUAUUGGGCAAGGCAGAAAUCCAGUAUAACCUAUUAACUUGUUCAGAAAUGAUACUGUAUGUGCAGACACAAAGAGACCAGUUAUGUUAAGCUGUAUGCCACAAAAUUGUUACAGACAAUCUGGAGAAUAUGUACCAUCUAUUUAUUACCAAGAGUACACUCACAGAGUUUCUGAGGGGGGAAACAAUUUCAUCUUUUAAGUUCCCUUUCUUCACCUGCUAUUUAUUUGGUAUUGUAUUAUUAAAAGUGUUACAAUCUCUCUGUGCAGUAUUAACAAACGGGAGGAUGAUUCCAAGAGGCACUGUUGCAUGAAAUUUUAGGUCAGCUAAAGAGUGAAAGAAUUUGAUCAUAUGUAAAACAAUUCCAUUGGUUUUAUUAAAAAAGCAUUUUAAAGACAACUUAUCGACAUGGAUAUCUGUCCAUAAAUAAUUAUUUCUUUAUAGUUUGGUUUAUAUAUCACAUCAAAUCCUAGCUUGUGUGUAUAGAGUAAGACAAAUAUAUGCAUUAUAUAUUAUACACCAAACUAGACUAGGUUGGUUGCCAUUAUUCAAACUUACUUUCAGAUGUUUGUGUAUACAUUGAAUUAUGAGACUUUCCAAAUAUUGUGACAUUUAACCCUUGCGAGUUUGACUCACUAAUGGCCAAAUUCUGCCCUUAGAUACACGCGUGUAACUCCCAGUGACUUGUGUACAGAAUGGGACCACGUAUCUGAGAACAGAACUGAACCUGAACUACAUUUUGCUGCUUUUAUUUUGGGCUUCCUUGCAGCUUUUUAACAGCAGUCAUAAUGCUGUCAUAGUCCAGGUAAAUUAGUUUUAAUUAUAGUAGAAUGUGUAUGCAAAUUAAUCUUAAAUUGCUAGAUCAACUACAGUUGAAAAAUGUCCUGCCCUCGAGUUUGUGGAACAGAUCCUCAGCUGGUGUAGACUGGUGUAGUCAAUGGAGGUAUGUUUAUUUACACCAACAUCAGCUGAGUAUCUGGCCCUGUAUUCCCUCAGAACUCCCAAAUAGUAUUCACAGAGUUAAAAGCACUUUUGUAUAAUACUGUAAAAUGCAAAAACAACACAUCAGGUUAAUUUUUGGCAUUUCACAUUAAUCAUCCAGAGCAGGUUAAACGCAAUAUGGAAAUCUGUUUUUUCCACUCACUGCAGUAAAAAAUAUAUAUGCGCCCUUUACUCAAUGCUGUGAAAAUAUUUUUACGAGUAGUUCUACAGCAUUUGUACAUCUCUGUGGCUAUACGUUGUACAUUGAAUAGUAGGAAGUCUUCACUUUGCAUUAAUGUUUUAUUAUCCACAUCCUUCCCUAGCAGAACUCAGUCAUUCUGAAAGUUUAUUGAAUAGGUAGAAGUUAUGGAUGAAUGGAUGCUCUAACAGGUUUUUCAUGCUGCUGCCUUAUCCUGUUUCUUGGUCAAAUAAGUUAACUGGAUCAUUUUUAGGAAGAGAGAUUCUUGACUGAACUGAAUUUUACCCAUUUGGUUGUUAUAAGUCAGUCUUAUUUCUUAUCAUACAGCUGGUGAUUACUCAAAAGUUGCCCCAAAAGAAAACAGGUUAUUGAGAAUGUUACUUAUAUAGUUGUGUAGCUUGUGACACUUUUAAUAAAACAUGGGCUCUAAAAUGUGCAGUGUAACCUGAUAUUUCAGUGCUUCCCUCCAGGAUAUCAUCUAUCAGUAGAAGAUUGGUUUUACUUUGGAUCAUGCAACAAUUCUUCAUUAGAAAACAAUCCAGUUACAGUCUGUAGAGGUACAUAAUUAAUAAAGUGGACUUUAGGCAAGAGAAUGUACUGCACAUACAAGUAUUAUGAAGUACUUGCCUGCAUAUAAUUUGUGUUCAUUGAAUUUAUGAAUGUCACUUGGUCUCCUCAAAGCAGACGUGCUUCUGUAAGAGUGAUAUGUUCUAAAUGUGUUCAUGGUACAUUUUGAUCCCCUUUCCCUCCCACUCUCCCACCAUUUUUAAGAAAAAAUACAGAUUUCAAAUAUAUCAUGAUUGCAAGGAAAAUGAGGGAUUUCCCUACAAACCAUGAAAUAGUUUGGCUAAGGCCAAGGCACAGAUUCAGUUAUGCAGCAUGACCAUGCCUUGCUUAUAAAGUUUACAUUGCAGAGAAGUGGUUGCAAGGAAUAGAUUAGUAUUACUCCAAGGACAGGAAUAUUUGAGUUUUAACAAAUUUAAAAAGCUGCAAGUUUAGCUGUUGUGCAAUAGUUUUAAUGCUGUUAUGAAUUUCUAUGAAUUAAAUACUCUUUUAGCAAUGGCUGUGACAUACAUGGGGUUUGUUUCAAGUCAACUCUUAAUGUACUACAUUUUGAACUAUUAUGCAAUGAACUCUCUUUUUUGCCCCCAAUUAGUUAUUAAAUAUACUCACCAUCUUCAUCUGUAGAAAACAUCUUUGGGUAAUAGAUCCCUGAGACACUGGUAUCUAAGUUAUUUUCCUUAUAGGGACAUAUCAAAAGUGUCACAAAGGGAAAUACAAUUGGUAACAUAGCAAUUGCCAUACCAGAAAAGACCAAUGGUUCUUACUAAGCUUGUUGCCUCAGUAAUAUCUUGUGGGCAGUGAGUUUCACUGGUAAAAUACACUAGCUUCAGUAUAUACUUCCUUUUCUGUCUUUUAAAUUUUGUUGCCAUUUCAUUUAAUCAAGCGUCAAUUUGUUAAUGUGCUAUGGAGAAGGGGAUAUAGGACCACUUCUCCGUACCAUUCAUGAUUUUAUAUACCUCAAUAUCUCCUCCUCUCCAAACUAAAUAGACCUCCUGUAUUCAGUCUUUCCUCAGACAGAAACCCCUCAAUUCCUAUCCCCACUUUUGUUGCCUUUCUGGUUCUCUUCCGGUUCUUUUCAAUGACCAAACUUGAAUGCAGAUCUCAAGGUGAAAACCUUCCCAAGCAUUACAGCGUGCAAUAACAUUCUCACAUUACUUUCUAUCUCCUUGUUAAUACAACUCAGCAUCUUAUUUGCUUUUUUAAUUAAUGGUGUGCUUUGGUUAACUCUGAUAUGAACCAAAUGAGUACAUAAGUAGAUAGUUUAUUCUAUCUGAUGUAUGUUACUCUGUCGUAUGAUGGGGUUUUUUCUGUUGCUGUCUUCUCAGCUGCCUAGUUAGGCCUUUCCUCACUGUCAUUGUGCCUGUAGAGUGUCACAAUUCACAUUCCUGUAGAGGGCUCCACUAUAUGAUAUUUCCCUUCAGAGUCUUCUGUAAAGGGUUUUCACAGAAUGACUACAAUAUCAAACGAUGAUAUUCCACGGCAAAACCACAGUCCUUUAUGGUAAAUACCCUCUUUGCUUUUUAUUUAAAAAAAAAAAGGCAGCAACUACUCAGAAAAUAAAUUCGUAUCUUGAUCAGAAUUUCUUAGACUUCCAGGAUGCUUGUGGGUCUUACUUACACGAUGCAUGUGUUCUAUUUUUGACAAAGGGUCAGAUUCUCAUUUACACCAAUGCGCCUUUAAGGGCCUUAAAGUGGGUGUCAACGCCAUUUACGCUGCCAAGACCCUCUAAAGUGGCCUUAGCAUAAAGGAGAAUCUGGCAAUCAUGGUGGUUUUUUUUUAAUUAUUGUUAACAUUUUGCCUCCAGUUUAUGAACUUCUGAGGUAAAAAAACCUAGUAUUCCUGCUCUGGCUCCUUUGCACUGGGUAAAAGGGCCAAAGUGGUGUAGAGGGACCCUAAAAGUCCCAUAGAAAGGUGGGGGAGGAUUCGCCUGGCACAAGCACUGCAGGAGACAGCAAUAGGGCCACCCUUCCAAGAGUCCUUUCUCAAGGCAAGGUUUGGAAGACAGGAGCAGCCCAUGGUCAAGAAGACACAAAGGUGGUUUAGAGACCCAAGCUCCACCUGGGCUGCACCUCUCAGAGGCACAGCACAGAAUCUCACCCUGAGCAUGUUUCUUGGAGUUGGUUAACUUUGUUCCUCAAUAAACAGAAUUCUAGCCUGUUAUAAAGCCUUUCAUAUGUUACAUGACAAUUGUUGUUGUGCUUCAAUACAAGUUUCAAUGGAAAAGGCAGGUCUAGCAGGAAUGGUGUAUAUAUAUUUGUGUGUAGCAAGUCAUACUCCUGUUUGAAAAUCAUGCCAUGAUAUUUAAACCCCACAACCCAGGAGUGACUCAAGGUCCGGUGGACCAUUACUCUUGAUUACUACAAUGCUUUCUUUAAAAGGCUGGUGUCAUUCAUAAUUAAGGAAAACAGUUAUUUUAAACAAAUAGAGGAAAUCCAUCUUUGUUAGAUCAAUAUUACCAUUUUAGCCUUUUUUUUUAAUUAUUACAUGAGUAAUUAUGGAAGUUAAAAGGUUCUAAAGGGGAGAGAGACUUCUUUAGAUUCAUGAUGGUACAUGCUCUAUGGUAUAGUUCUCUGCUUUUUUGCCAGUUUGCAUCUCUGUUCUCUCAGUACACGUCAGUGAUACAACAAGCCCUAGAAAUUAACAGUAUUCGCAUUAUUAUCCAUUGUCUUUAGCCUGUAGUCUGUAAACUUGACCUACAAAGUCACACAUUAACAGAAGGGGCAUUGAUUUACCUAUAGCCACAUCUUAUAGGGGAGCAACAGGAGGGUGGGCGGGGAAAGAAUAAAACAAAAUUCAUUUCUUUAUGUAAUAACAAAAAGCAAUAAUUACAAAUACGUAGUAUUAUGCGAAGGCCAUAACUUGUCGUUACCAGUGUUAAGGAUGCACUUGAAUUGUAUUAUGGGAAUGAGAUUGGAACCCUCAGUACUGUAAUUAUUCUUCCGUCAUAUGAAUACCUGAAUUGCUACUAUUUAACAAUUUUAUGAGCCCAUACUACUGCUUUUCAGGAAGUGACAAAUGCAUUUGGGAAAUGGAAGCAGUUCUCUUUAAAGCACUGUAUCAGAAAGAUUGUCUUGUAAAUUUUACCUGUUGCAAGCAGGCUGGUUUGUAAAAGAUGUAUGUUUUGGUGUUUAAAAAGAAGUUUAUAAAAAUAAUGUAUAUAAUGGUUUCAAAUUACCAGGCUUUUGUAGAUAUUUGAUGCCAAUCAAGUCGCUUUAAAUUUUGUUUGAUAUAAUUAAAAGAAAGUCAUCCAAGUUGGUUUAAACUUUUAAGGUAAUGGCAAAAAAAAACAAAAAAAAAGUUUUAGAUUUGAAAAAAUGGUAAUUUUUACUCAUUUCAAAUGUACUGUAACUUUCCUUUCGGUUCAGCUCUUUUCAUUUAACUUUUUCUGUUUUUAAGAAGAUGUUUUUUAUUGACUUUUUUUAAAUCGAUGUGUUUUGCACAAAGACUUAGAGACAUGAUUUUUACGCCAAGUCAAGUAGCUGUUAAGAUACGUCAUUUCUUCAUCGACAAAAAAACAACCUUAUGCAAAGGAGAAGGUAAUUGCUUCGAGUGGAUCUCGGCCCUCAUCUGAAGAUUAAUUGUUCCUUCAUAAUUGCUGUUGGCAGUAUUGUCUUGUGUUCUUUUGCUAUAAAAAAGAAAAAAGUGUACAGGUUUGUAACUGCCAAAAUUUGCUAAAGUUGAUGGUUAAAACAAGUUUAAGUAAAAAAACAAAAAAAA